ACUCGUGCAAUCCUGCUGCAAAUCGAUCGACUUCUCACUUGUUUCCAGAGUGUAGUGCGUAGUACACUCUGAAAAUUGAAUCGUAGGGCACGACUUUCACUACGAGAAUAGAAAAUAAUUUGAAUAUCGAUCGACAUGACGAAGGAUUGGGAAACGGUGGCCACGAUGGCUUGCAUGAAAGGCCUGCUGAUGCUGUUCAACUGUAUUUUGUGGGUAUUUGGCAUAUUGCUACUGUGCAUCGGAAUUUGGAUGCGAAUUCAACUUCACGAUUACAUGGAGGUAAGUCCCGAGAACAGCAGGGCAGCUUUAUUGGCAUUGGCUUGUCUGGGCGGUAUUUUAACUUUGACAGCGACGCUCGCUUGCUGUUGCACAACUCGCGGCCAUCCAGCCCUCUUAUUCCUGUACGGUGCAUUCCUGGCUAUCGUUGCAUUACUGGAACUUGCGGCUGGUGCAUCGAUUUAUGCUUACCGUACCAAUUUAAAUGAAAAAUUCGACCACGAUCUCAAUCAAACAAUGUCCGUCUAUAGGCACGACGAGACCAAGACCAUCCACAUCGACACUAUGCAGUCUACAUUGCAGUGCUGCGGUAACAGAGGUUUCACAGAUUGGUCCGACAUGUCUCCACCGAUGGAAAUUCCACUGUCUUGCUGCAAAGUGGCAGAAGACGUGUGUAACGUUAACGACGUAAACGAUAUUUAUACUCAGGGCUGCUACACUCGUGUGUUACGACUGAUAAACGGCAACAUCGGCUUGGUCGCUGGAAUAGCAGUCGGCGUAGCGUUCUUUCCGCUUAUAGGGGUCUUCUUAGCCUGUUGCUUAGCUAGCAACAUUAAUAAAGUCAAGUACGAGCAGGUUGCUUAGAAUUUGCGCCGGUUGCAGAAAAGCUCGUCGUGUCGGUAAGAAAAGUGCACAACGUUCGAAAGUUGUACAAUUGCAAUUUGUAAGAAAAUCUCGGAAAGAACGGAACAGUUAUUUUUCUCAUUAAGCGUUAAGCGGUGCGAGCAACCAAAGUUUUACUACGAAACGAUUAAAUUCAAAUACGAAUCUCCCUUCCGUUUUUUUACGACAACUUCUUUCGACACGUUCCAUCCUACGCACACCGUUUGAGCUUCUCGCUCCAAGCGAGCAUAUAAUCUUCCUAUUACUUCUUACGCUUAUGAAUACAGAUACGUUGAAAAUCUCAGCGAUUCGAACGAAAAGUUCAACGUGGAUCUGCACACUACGUAAAACGUGUUAAACAGUUACACGUUCGAUAUUUUUCUCAGAAUUUAAUCAUUCCCAUCCUUCGAAGAAACGGGCAAUUGAUCAUGAUUUUUUUACAUAUUACAAGCGUCUAUUAUUAAUCGUAUAUGUUGUAAAAACCUUUUAAAUAUCUUUAUUGUCACGUUGGAUUCUCAUAAAAUUCUUCCAAGAACAUACAUAGUCAUUGCGUCCUGCGCAUAGUUGCACAAGAAAGAAAACACAAUCGUAGGAGAAGACGGGAAUGAAGAAUAUCAAAUAUGCGAUAAAAUAUGCGCGUUGCACGUUUGAAGAAAGAAUUUACAUUUCAUGAAAAACAGAUGCCCGAUUAUCGUUAAUUAGGUUAAUUAAAGAAAAAGAUACGAGUUCUUCGAUGCGUCUAAUUAGCCCAAAUUUGAUUAUUCUUUCUUUUUUCUUUUUUUUUUUUUUUUUUUAAAUUAAAUCGAUGAAAAUGCGAUCGACUAAUUAAGUCGACAGCUGCGUCUGAUCGAUGAUCCUAACGUUUCGUUAUGCAGUUAAUCGCAUAAUUAAUUGCCCGUUCAGUCUUGCAACGAUAAGAGCGCACAGAAGAACAUACAUAAUUCCGUAAAGUAAAACUGAAAUAUAAUCCGACUAGAUGGAACAGAUCUUAUCAAUUGUUUAGAUCAUUGCGUUGAAAAACAUUCUAUAUCUAAUAAAGCAGAGUAGACUAUUCCAGGAAAACCUCAAGUACGAUAGUGCUUUCGAACAACGUAAUUUAAAGGUAUUUAUGUCAGGUAAAUGAAACUACAUGCAUGUAUGAAAUAUCGUGUAAGUAUAUAUCUUUUCAAGUGUAUAUUUUAUGGAUAAUCUAUUUCUGCAUAAUCUAUACGCUCUCUUGUUAUCAUCGAUAGUACCCCUACUUUUUCCUAUUGUUCUAUCAUUUUCAAUAUAACUAAUGAAUUCAUUUAUCAAAUAUCUUUAACCUUUAAAUUAAGGAAAUACAAAUAUAAAAAGCAUAAACUAACGUUUGCAGCUCGGUACAGUUUAAAGUUCCGAAAUUGUCUGCAAAUAUUUCGGAAUAUAUUUCAUUCGGCGCCAAUAUUGAACACGUUUAAAGACUAGAACGCAAAGUAACGUCCGUUUGAUAAGUACAAUUGCGAUCCGAUACAUCAAUGUACCAUAAUGAUCGAUCGACGAAUACGUAUAACCAGAUAUAACUGGCAAGAGAAAGUUCCGUUAAUUACAGUAAUUACAACUUCAAAUUCUAUUUUUAUUAUUAAACAAGACUCAUGUUUACACUAAUUUCUACCAACUUUUCUUUAGCUUUAUACGUCAGUGUGUUCAUAUUUUUAAUAAAACCAAACAUACUAUUUACUACUAUCAGUUUAGCGGUACUAUUUAAUAAUAGUAUUUAGAGAUUCAACGUAAUUACUUUGUUCUGCUUGCGAUAGUUGUUAGCUUACUCGUUAGUUGCGCGUAUCAAUUGCGUCUAAAAUGUUACAUCGCUUGGCUAAAAUUUGAUUAUCGAUGGUUGAUGAUUUCCUAAAUAUAAAAAAGGUGACGCGAUUGCCUUGUGAUAUAUGUAUGUAUGUAUGUAUGUAUGUAUGUAUGUAUGUAUGUAUGUAUGUAUGUAUUUAUGUAUGUAUUUAUGUAUGUAUGUGUGCGUGUGUGUGUGUGUAGGUAUGUACGUAUGCAUGUAUACGCAUACAUGUUGGUAUAUAUCUAUCUUAUAGCGAACAUUUACCUCACAACGGUGCUACACAUACGAGACACGCGAUCAUAAUUUUACCGUAAUUCCAUCAGACGAAUUAUUCCCUGUUUCACAUGGUGAAUGCUAUAUUUCUAUAUUCCCAAUGCUAUAUUAUCUUUCAGCAUUAUACUUGUUCGGGAUUUGGAGUGAGUCAAAUUUUGGGAAAGGCAAUUCGGACUUUCCCAAAAAAGGGGGGGAUGUGCUGCCCGAAUCAUAAACUGACGGCCACUCUAAAUCCCAAACAAUAUUUUCACGUUAGAAAGGAAACAAACAAACAACUUACUUUUCGAUAUAUAUAUAUAUACGCAUGUACGUGUAUACGGAUAAAAAUAUGUUUGAAAAAUACUUUUAUCAUUUUGUAUUUUUUCCGUUAUCUUUCAUUAAGAAUUUUAUUUCAUUCCGUUCCGAUUAAUAUAUCAGAAAAUGGCAGAAACUGAUAUUUUUUUCAGAGAUACAUCGACCUUUCUUGUUCUUGCAACUUUGCAACUUUGUGUAAUGUAUAUUUUUAUGCGCAUAUAAAUACACAUAUAAGUUGUUGCAGAGAAUUAUUAUUCUUGAGAA